GGGAGUGGUUUUCCAGAUAGCUCCGCCUCCACCAAACCUCUUUAAAUCACAUCCAGUGCUGAACAGAUACCAACAGACUCGUCUGAAGUUCAUCAGAGCCACUUCCAGGAUAACUGUAGAGAGUCCAUCCUCCUGUAGAGUGAUUGGUCCACACCUCCAACAUGCUCCGCCUCCUGUUGCAUCUGCUUGCUCUUGCUACACUUACAGGUGUAGUGAGCAGCACUUACUCUAAAAAUCUCAACAUCGCCAGCUGUCCCAUCAGAUUCUACGCAAAGACAUACAACAACGUUUAUAUAAACUUCACGAGUUCGGGCCUCAUGUUCUGCUUUGACGACUUUUACGACCCUGCAAAAAGCAACGACUGCAUUAAAGGGCCUGUGAUGGAUGAGGCUAAGCAGGGCGUGUCAAAUAAGAUUUUCCAAAUAACGAGCCUUGACGCAGUGAUUCGCAAUGAACUGAAGACCCUCACCAGCCAUUUAAAAUGUUAUCUAUAUCUGAGUUACUUCAGCGGGGGGAGAGAGACUACGCUGAACAUUUAUCAGUUUGGCAACCAGACAGCUCUUGGAGUAAAAUACUCUGAUCUAUCAGUUUCUGGUUCAGGGUCAACAGAUUAUCCUCGGAAUUUUUCCACUUUAGUCAACAAUAAAGAAGUUGACUUUGUGGUUGCUGUUGAAUCGGUGCUCGACUAUUACAAAGACAUCACUGGUUGCAGACUCUCAGGUUAUGGAGUGAGACUGAAUACCACACAGUAUACACCUGAGACCUGCAGCACUGACUCUUGCAGCUUGAGUGCAGUGGGAACAAGUACCACCUGCGGUGACGGCACCUACUGCAACGGCCGCGGGAGCUGCAAGAAAAGAGGACUCUGCACAGUGACCGGUCCCACCGUCAUUGACUUCAGAGGACAACUGAACUCAGUGUCAGACCGGUGUGAGUACACUCUGCUGCAGGAUCAGUCUACUGGAUUCACUCUGAAGGCCAACUUUCUGGAACGGCGUCGCAGAGAUGUGAGCUUUGUGGACAGUCUCACUCUGGACUUCAGUGAGGAUGAUGACAUUCAGCUGCUACAAGGACAGAUGGUCAUGGUGGGAGGCUCACCUGUGACCCUCAGUGGUUCAGUCCAGACGUUUAAUGGUGUUGGUCUCUCCAAGGACCAGACUGGAGUCACUGCUGUUUUUUCACCUGGAGGCUCAUCUUUUUCUGUGUUCUUUGAUGGAACCACAGCUCAGAUCUACAUAGAUGUCCUUGCAGGUCACUCUUUUAUGGGUCUGUGUGAAAACUCCAGCAGUUCCUCAUCUUCAAGGCUGUCCAGUGACUCCAGCUGUCAGCAACAGUAUGUAGACCCUGCUGACGACACCAUCAACAGCACUGCUGUGAUUGAACAGUGUAACAUCCUGAAAUCUUCACCAUUCUCCUCCUGUAACGCUGUUGUUGACCCUCAGCCAUACAUAGCUGCCUGCACUGAGACUUUGUGCAAGUAUCCUGCAGUGGACGGUCUCAGGUGUCAGUUCCUGGGGGCCUACGCCAAAGCCUGCCAGAAGAGACAAGUUAACAUACAGAACUGGGAGACAGCAGCUCAGUGCUCCAGUUCUACAGUUAUGUGUCCGGGCAGAACCUGCAGCGAUCAUGAGUUCUGUGGUCAGAUCGACAACAGCACCGCCACUGGAUGUCGCUGUAAAGCAAUUUUUGCCGCCCCAUACAUAAAUUCAAGCAGUUUUGGUGCUCCAACUGUCUGCCAGCACAAUUCUGCUUCACUGACUCUGGUGGGCUGUCUUCUGGAGCAAAGAGGCAUCGACUACUCCCUCUUAACUCUUCUGGAUAAAACCUGCAAGGGUCAAGUGGAUGAAACUACUCACUUGAUGACCUUUAACUUCACCAGCGAUAAUUGUGGGACAAUAGUUACUACCAAAAAGGGUCAAGUAAUCUUUACAAAUGCCGUAACCCUGAAAGAUAAGAUCACUCGAAAGGACCAAGCUUACAUUGAGUUCUCCUGCCUCUACAAAAAGCCUGAAGUCAACCAUGUGGCCUUCAGAAUCCAAGACAGCCCAGUGGUUCAGACUGUCGUAUCUGGAGACUGGAAUCACACUGUGACAAUGAAAGCCUUUGCUGAUUCCAUGCGCACUCAAAUGUUGGACCGAAGCUAUCAAGUGCAGCUUAACCAAAAGAUCUGGGUGGAGCUGAAGAGCAGUGGGCUUGAUGAAAACUUGAUCUCCACGGUAACCGACUCCUGCUGGGCAACCAAUCAGCCGUCAUCUGACAGCUCUCAGAAAUACUUCCUGAUUAAGAAUGGCUGUGCAAAUAUAGAUGACCAGACAGUUCAGGUGGAGAGAAAUGGCGAUGGAACUCUGAACUACUUCUCCUUCAACAUGUUCAAAUUCACUGAUGAGUCUCGUGAUCUUUACCUUCACUGCAAACUGCAGCUGUGUCUUAAACAGGAGGGCAACUGCAUCCCGGUUUGUUCUGCUCAAGGCAAAAGAAGACGCAGAUCAGCCAAAUACCGUCAGAGAGAUGCAGCCUUCCUGAGCAUGGGCUGGAGUACCUAAAUACCUCUUUCAGAUUAUCUGUGCGCUUUUUCAUGUCAAUUGAGAAAUAUCUGUCUCUCAUUUAAAACUUGAAUGCCUGAAAUAAUCAGUUAAACAGAAAGACAAGAACGACUGUCUGACAAAUAUCAGUUGAUUGGUAGUUUUCGUAUUUAUUGGUUUUAGUUAUAGUUUAUGUAUUUAUAUGGCGUCUUAACGUGACCAAAGUGCAUUAAGGCAGCAUAAAGUAACAUUUACAAGCGAUUAAAAACAACAAUUAAAUGAUUAAAACAAUCUAAAAGUAAAGGUGGUUAAAAAAUAAAUACAAUAGUGAAACAAAAGCCGUGAAACAUGCAGGAGCAAGUACAAAAAUAAAAGGCACCAGCAGAGCAGAGUCCAAAGCGUGGCCCUAAAAAUGGGUUUGAAGAGUUUUUUAAAAAGAGACAGUGAAGAUAUUUGCCAAAUUAUCAGGGAUAACACGUUCCAGCUUUGGAACAGGGGAGCAGGGAUUACAUAGAUAGCAUAGAUUAACCUUUACUUAUUGUCUUUUAAACUUUGUUUCUAUGGUGUAAUGGAUGACAAACCAAAAACUUGGAUUGGGUUAGAUCUUCCACCAUCCUUCAUCCUUUUUGGUAACUCUUGAUGAAUCAAUCACAUUGAAUAAAACUCUUUUCUCUCAAAUGUUCUACUUUUUCUUUAAUUUAACAAUAUCAUGGUGCAAUGAAGUUUAUGGGUCACAUUUUUCUAGUACUAUAUAUAUUCAA